AUGCCUGUAAGAAUAACCCCAAAACCAGCCCUUUCUCUGGGAAAUUUAGGAGCUGAGACCCAGAAACGUGACCCAGAAAUAACAGUCCACAAGAAAAUGGUGAUCUAUUCCAACAGAGACUCAGGAGAGAACCAGACUGGCUCCGCUGUACUCAUCCUGGUGGGGUUUUCCUACCUUCACGAGCUGCAAAUCCUUCUGUUUCUGCUGCUGCUGGUCAUCUACCUUCUCACCCUGAUGGGGAACCUUCUUGUUAUCCUCCUGAUUAAGCUGAACCCCUUCCUCCACAGCCCCAUGUAUUUCUUCCUGGUCAACCUGUCCUUCCUGGAAAUCUGCUUCACCUCUAGCGUGGUCCCUCAGCUGCUGGUUCACCUCCUGGUGGAGGAAAAGACCAUCUCCCUCACGGGCUGUGCAGCCCAGAUGUACGUCAUCACCAUCAUGGGCCUCACAGAAUGCUGCCUCCUCGCAGCCAUGGCCUACGACCGCUAUGCGGCCAUCUGCCACCCCUUGCACUACACCACCAUCAUGAGUGGCCGGGCAUGUGCACAGCUCGCGGUGGCUUCUUGGUUCUUCGGCAUCUCGGUGGAAGUAGCUCAGAUUACAUGGAUUUUCAGCCUGCCCUUCUGUGGCUCCAAUCGCAUCCGCCACUUCUUCUGCGACAUCCCACCUGUGCUGAAGAUGGCCUGCUCCGACACAUCGAAAAACGAGAUCAUGGUCUUGACUGUGACAGUUGUGUUCAUCAUGGGCCCUUUCCUAUUGAUAAUCCUGUCCUACGUCCGCAUUCUCUCCACCGUCCUCAAGGUACCGUCCGCAGAGGGGAAACGUAAGGCCUUCUCCACCUGCUCCUCGCACCUCAUGGUGGUGACUUUGUUCUACGGGCUGGCCCUCAUCACCUACCUGGGGGUCAAGUCUAGCUCCACCUCGGAGAGCAAUCAAAUAAUUGCCCUCAUGAACAUAAUUGUGUCGCCAGCGUUGAACCCCAUAAUAUACACACUGAGGAACAAAGAGGUGAAGGGGGCCCUAAUCAAAACAUUAGGAAAGGUCUCCGUUGCACAGAACUGUUGA